CCUUUUCAAAUUUUCAAAAUGAUUAAGUUCGGAAUAUAUUUUGUAUACGCAUUUGUUGCUUGCAAUCUAUACGGAAUUACUUACUCACAGAACCAUACGAAUUCGGUAUGUAUCCUGGAAGAUGCGCCAAGUCAAUGUGGGGCAUUCUGCCUUUCCGCUCAACGGCCAUUCAUCGAUUACAAUUACAAAGUGCAGAGACAGAUGAAUUCCAUUUCUGAAAUGUUAGAUAAAAUUGAAAAAGCUACAUUGGCGAGACAAAUUGAGUCUCCGAGUAAUUUUGAAAGAAUUCAACAAGAGGCACUGACGGCACAAAAGGAAAAUCUGGCCAAGAUGGACAGAAUUGAAAAUCUAAAACUGGAGUCUCAAACAUCUGCGGAGAGGAUUCAAAGAGAAAAUCAGGCCAAGAUGGACAGAAUUGAAAAAGGAACUCUGGAGACUCAGGCAUCUCUGGAGAGGAUUCAAAGAGAAAAUCAGGCCACGAUGAACAGAAUUUCCCAAGAGAUAAAGAGCAUCUCGAUGGGUUUCCAGUGGAUCGAAUCUCGAUAUUUUUAUAUAGAAAAUAAUUUUAAACAAACUUGGAUUAAUGCUGAGGACACCUGUCGUAGAAUGGGAGGUCAUCUAGCGGCUUUCCAAAGUCGAAGAGAAUUGGAUGCCGUAUCAUCGAAACUCCAUCGAGAUACUCCUUAUUGGAUGGGUAUCAGCGACCGGGAAAAUGAGGGAUACUUUGUAACUUCCUCCGGCAAUCGAUUCCCAUAUUUGACAUUUAAUGAUGGAGAGCCCAACAACAGCGGUGGCAAUGAGGACUGCGUCGACAUCUACAACGGAAUUAUGAACGAUAUUCAGUGUGAAUCGCUACGUUCUUAUAUAUGCCACUCAUUUAUUUCAAAGUUCGGAAUAUAUUUGUUAUACGCAUUUGUUGCUUGCAAUCUAUACGGGAUGGCUUACUCUCAGAACCAUUCCAAUUCGGUUUGUAUCCUGGAAGAUGCCCCAAGUCAAUGUGGGGCAUUCUGCCUUUCCGCUCAACGGCCAUUCAUCGAUCACAAUUACAAAGUGCAGAGACAAAUGGAUUCCAUUUCUGAAAUUUUAAAUGAAAUCCAGAAGAGGCUGGACAGAAUUGAAGAAGCUAUACUGGCGGGACAAAAAGACUCUCCGAGUAAUUUUGAAAGAAAUCUACAAGAUGCACAGACGUCCCAAAAGGAAAAUCAGGCCAAAAUGGAGAGAAUCGCUAACGGAUUACUGGUUACCGAGGCAAAUAUAGAAAGGAUUCAAAGAGAAACUCAGGCCACGAUGGACAGAAUCGAAAAAGGAACGCUGGAGACUCAGGAGACGAUUUUCCAAGAGGUCAAGAGCAUCUCGAUGGGUUUCCAGUGGAUCGAGUCUCGAUAUUUUUAUAUAGAAAAUAAUUUUAAACAAACUUGGAUUGAUGCUGAGGACACCUGUCGUAAAAUGGGAGGUCAUCUAGCAGCUUUCCAAAAUCAAAAAGAAUUCAACGCCGUCACUGCGAAACUCCAUCAUAAUAUUGCAUACUGGUUGGGCAUCAGUGAUCGGGAAAAGGAAGGCGAGUUUGUAACUGCCUCCGGAAAUCCACCAACAUUUUUGACUUGGAAUAGGGGAGAACCCAACAAUGCCGGUGGCAAGGAGGACUGUGUCAACAUCUGGAACGGGAAAAUAAAUGACGUCCCGUGCGAAUUUCAACGUCAUUAUAUUUGCCAGUCGGACAAUAAAGUAUAAAUAGAAGUACAAACAAUUAAGUGUCAAAAUUACACAGUACUUAACUUACCCGUCAAAAAUGUUCAUAUCUUGUAGAUUUUUUUAUUUAAAAACUAAAAAAAUAUAUUUAAAG